UCGAAUUGUUCCAAGUAAGUAAGAAAGCAAAAGCAAAAUUCUUGUAAAUGAUAAUUCCGGCCAUUAACGAAUCAAAUCCCACCAAAUUGACGACGACGACGACCAACGAUCCGUCUCUGGAGACGGGUCAUGCCCAAAACGACUCAAUGGCCAGGCAUCAGGACAUCAAUGCUGACAAUCCGAGUGCCGUAACUGUGAAGCCCAUGGUCAAGAAGCAGAGCUACAACAAUCUACAGCAAUGUCAGGCGGCAGUUCUCAACACAAUCAAUAGCAAGGCAGGAGCACCGGCAGCCAGCAAUGAAACUACAUCAGGCGACGACUACGAUGAGGAAGAGUUGACACUCAGCGAGGGUGAACCGUUUGGCUCCCAAGAGGACGAGGAUGACAUGGGCAGCCGCAUCAAUAAGCAUGGCGACGAAAUCGGCUCGAAACUAAAGCUCGAGCUCAGCAAGUACAAGCAGGAGCUGCAUGAGUACAACGAAACCACCAAGGAUCUGGAGAAGAAGUACAUGAAGAUCAACCUUGAGCUGACCGAAAUGCAGCAGAAACAUCACAAAUUCGUGCAUCUGCAUGACUCAAAUGCCGAGCUGGAGCUGCGAUCGGAUGGCAUUGAGGGGGUGGAAGAGCAUGCUCCACUGAGCUAUGUCACCUCUAACACCAGCAUGACCAGCUCGGAUUUGCGGCACAAGAACGCCAAGAUGUUCGGCAUCAACAGCAACAGCAGUAGCUUUAUGACAGUAUUGGAGGCGCCCAGCAGCGCAGCGCUACUGCUCGAGACAUCCGGCAAGAAGCGGCCAAAGUCGUCUAAGCUGCGUCGCAAUCUCGCUGCCCAGGUGGACGCGGACUAUAGGCCACAUAUUGUGGGUGCGCUGACCAAGCGGCAGACGCGACAGGGACGUGGCGGCAUUAGAACGGCGCAGGACUUGCUGGAGGAACAGGAGAACGAGCCAUCCAUCAAGGAGAUGUAUUGCGUGCUCAAGGAUGUGAUCAAUACGAGCAAGGAGCAUGGCAAAUACAGCACCUAUGAUCGCAAUCGGGAGCGGCAUCGCGAGAGGGGACGAGAAAGAGACCGAGAUCAAGAGAGCGGAGGAGGAGAUUACACACAAUUGUAUACGACCAUCAAGGAUCUGAAGAGCGAGCAGCAGCAAUAUCGCAACAUCAUCAGGCAGCAGCAGGAACGCAUUUCGGAUUAUCACACACGAUGCGUCAAGGCGCAGGACAUUAUGAAGACGCAGAAGCAUGAGAUCGACAAGCUGCAGGUGAACAACAAACAGCUCGAGUCGAGCAUCUAUCUGGACAUUGACACGCUGCGCUCCAAGAUCGACAGCAAACUGAAGAGCGUGGCGAAGUUGCCGCACAUGAUGCGCGAAGAGCACUCCAAAUACGAGAAGGUGAUGCGUGAGAAUUGCCUGAUGGCCGAGAAACUACACGAACUGCAAAAGGAGGCAAAUUUGCUCAAGGCCAAGAUCGAUGAGCUGGGUAAGCGUAAGCUGAUCACGGUGAAUCGCCUGAAGGCCGCCGAACGUGAUCUAAAGAUUUUCAAGAACUACAACGCAUCGCUGAAAACGGAGAAGCGUCGAAUGGCCGAUGAGCUGCAGACCAUGAAGGAGCAAUUAGAUUCGCUGCAAGCGGCCAGUAAACGGCAGCUCACACGGCAUCGUGAGCAGACGGAGAAACAGCGUCGGGAGCUGCAGAAACGCAUCUAUGACCUCGAACUAAAGCUCAGUCGCAGUCAGAACUCCACGUCUAGUUUGAUUCAGGAACGCGACAGUCUAAUUGCCGAGCUGCAGACACAGCUGCACACGUUGGUUCACAAUUUCGAGGUGUCCCAGAAGCACAUUCGGGUGCUGCGUCGUCAUAUCUAUUCGAUGACCUCGGGUGGCGGCGGCUCAUCGGUGAUGCCUUCGUCCAGUAGUCAUCGUCGCAGCCCCAGCGAAUCGAAUAUGGUGCGUGCCAAUCAAUUGAUCAGCCAACAUCAGGUUCACGGUCAACCCAGCGUUAGUGCCUCACGUCUCAGCAGUCCACGCAUGCUGAAGACCAGAUCUUCCUGAGAUCUGAGAUCUGUUCUAUUCAGCGAUUCAGGCAACUUGACAAUACGGCCAAAAGGCUUCAGCAUAUAUUGCAUCAUCUUGUUUAUAUCAUUAGAUGAUGAUUAUUAUAUUUGCUUGAUUGCCGCGGGGCCAUAUCAUCAAGUUGCCUGGAAGUCAUCUGAAGUGUUGACUGCGUGGCAAAACUGUUUCGACUUCAAUAUCUUUGAUUGAAUUGUAAUUGUGUGUACAUUUUUGCAUUUUAGUCUAUUAUAAAUUGUGUGAAUAUCAAAUAAAGUUUAUUCUUAUUUUGAAA